UGAUGAUUUUGAGAACGCUGAUUGAGGGUGGGGUGCGUCGUGCCGGAUAUAAUCAUGUUAGGGCAGAUUACACCUAUUCAUGACGUACUAGUCUUUCUGAAUAGGUCAAAGUACGUCCAGAGAUGUUUUAUUCACAAGUAAGUUGGACUUUUUAUAAUAGAGUAAGGCCAAUAACGGGUUUCGAGUUGCUCGAGUUGCCACGAGUUGCUCGAGUUGCCGAAGCGAAGAGCUUCAUUGCUGGAACGAGUUGCCACGAGUUGCCGGGAGGUGUCCGCUCCAUCGAAAUGGAGCGAAGCAGGGCGGCGCGAGCACAAACCCAGCUGGUCGAAGUGGCGAAGUGUGAGGGCGUGCUGCGUUUGUUGUUGCUCAUGAAAGGGGCAAUCGGGUGCGAAGGGCUCCUGGGCCCUUAUGCCUUUUUUUCUGUAGCUUGCCAGCGCGCGCUUGUUAAAGCACAACCAAGGGGGCGAAAGGCUCUGCCCGUUGUUGUUUUUGUUUGAUGUCAGUGUCGCUGUGGCGUGUGGUGGCGAUCUCUCCCUUUUUUCUUCGGAUGUGUUCCCAAUAAAUCUACUUCGGGGGUGAGAGCGAGUAGCCCCCGUAUACUUUAUAGGGCGGCGCGUCCAGCCUUGCUUGGGGGUGAGUAGACUAGAGAAAGCACCAGCUGGGGGCGGAAGUUGGAAGUGGAUUAUCACACUAGAUGCGUAGUCCUUCUUUAGAUGUCGUGAGUAAUUAGAUGACCAAGCAAGUGGCUGCAAUGAGUCUCGAGCCCGAGACGGUCGCUCGCUCCUGUCUCAAGGGUGCACUGCGAAGAAAAUCAAGGAUCAGAGACGCGGCGCGCAGUGUCGUACGCUCCUGCUAAGGUUUCGCGGAGUCUCAUAAAGCUGCGCCCGAAGGGCGCCGCGCAAAAAAUUAGGGUGGGCAACUCGAGCAACCCGAGCAACCCGAGCAACUCGACCCGAUACGGGUCAAAAAGUGCCUUACUCUAUUAUAAAAAAAUUUGAAGUUUUUCUUUUUGCUACAUGUGGACCACAUGAGCAUGGUACAGAGUAAUGUAGAGUAA